AUGGAUGGUCAGAUGAAUGCGGAUAAAAAUGUCGACGGCAAGACGCAGUACUCUGCGGAGGAAGUGAAUCAUGUGAUCUUCGGCCAGAGUGCUCAGAGCAUUCAGAGCACUCAGAGCCAUGUAAAGGAAGACGGGAACGCGAUUUUGAUGCAGACAUUACUCAAACAGAAUGAGUUACUAAUGAGAAUGUUAGCGAUAAAGGAGAAACCGCCAGAGGAGGUAUACGCUCCACCGGACUUGUCGAAAGUACUACCAACGUUUGAUGGUAAGUGUAAGCCCCAUGAAGCGGCGGAUUGGUUGAGCACGCUCUGUGGAGUGGCGUCAUUACAUCGUUGGUCGGAUGCACUCAAGUUGGAGGCGGCGAGAGUAAACGUGGAUGGUCCAGCCCGCCAAUGGUAUAUUGGGCGAAGAUUCAAUUCAUGGGCAGAAUUUGAACAGCAGUUUAAAGCAACGUUCUUCAGAAAGGUUAACACGGGCAGUCGAUGGAAGGCAUUGGCAGCGCGGGUACAAGGUAAAAACGAAAGUAUUCUAGACUACUUCCACGAAAAGGUUCGACUUUGUCGAGAUUUGGAUUUAGAUUUGUUUGAUACCAAGGAACAGUUAUUAGACGGUAUCCAAUCGAAAGAAUUAUUUCAAUAUUUGUUAAGCCGUACUCAUAAUGACGAAAAUGAGUUACUAUUUGACAUUAUGGACUACAUGCGGUUAGUGGAGCACAGAAAUGUUCGAUUUCAAAAUAAAAUAGUUUUGUCCAAUUCAAAUGAGAAGCAGUGGCCCAGAGGAGAAAGUCCUAAGCCCAAAGCGGAAAGUUCGAGUAGGAGUCAGAAGGGUGUUGAGUCAGCAACAAGCCGGAUAUGUUACAACUGUGGAUCCAGAACGCACAUUGCGCCAAGUUGUCCCAGUCCAGUAAGACCAAAAGGAGCAUGCUACGGUUGCGGUUCAACAGCACAUCAGCGAUCAGCGUGUCCGGAACGUGAUCAGAAAAAUAGGAAUGACACAAAUGAAGAAUCUCGGCGACAGAACGAGCGGCAACAUAGUGGAUCAGCAGGAGAGAUCAGACUGUUAGAGCCAGCAUAUAAUGUAAGGGUAAGUAUAAUAUUAUGUAAGGAGACUGUUACUGUUAAUGCAUUGGUAGAUAGUGGUAGCCCAAUUUCUUUGAUUAAGUCUCAUCUUAUCCGGACUAGUGAACGAAAACCAUUUAAUAAUGAUAUUUUUAUUUCGGGUAUCAACGGGUCUCAAUUGAGUAUUGAAGCGGUUACUGAUGCUACGGUUUUAUUAGUUGAUUAUGAUUUAAAUAAGAAACAAAUAUUUUAUGUGGUAGAUGAUCAGACUAUGUUAUCCGAAUGUUUAUUGGGUAGAGAUUUUAUUAAGGGGAUGAAUAUUUGGUUCGGUGAAGAUGGUAAGAUUAUGGUAAAUUCGAAGCAAGAACAGUGUGAUGGUAAUGACUUUUUGGUUGACUUAGGGUUAAUAGAGUAUGAGUUGGAAGAUGAGGUGGAGUUGAACAUAGGUGAGGUAUCAUUUAGUGAUAGAUGUAAGUUAAAAAAAAUAUAUGAUAACUGUUACUCAAAAAGGUUAAAGCCCGAGUCUCCUGAGAUAAACUACGAAGUUAAUAUAAGUUUAAAAGACCACACUCCUUUUAAUUACCAACCUCGACGACUAUCAUAUAUAGAGAGGAACGCGGUGAAGGAUAUAAUUUGUGAGUUAUUAGAUAAAGGUAUUAUAAAGGAAAGUAAAUCUGAAUUCUGUUCACCCAUAGUAUUAGUCAAAAAGAAAGAUAAUACAUAUCGAAUGUGUGCGGAUUUGAGAGAAUUAAAUAAAAGAGUUGUGAGAGAACAUUACCCGAUUCCACAUAUAGAUGAUCUAUUAGAUAAUUUAAGAGGGAAGAUCUUCUUCACAAAGUUAGAUUUAAAGAAUGCCUAUUUCCAUGUGAAAGUAUCGGAACAGUCGUCCAGAUAUCUCUCUUUUUCAACAUUUCUGGGGCAAUAUGAGUAUGUCCGAUUGCCUUUUGGGUAUUGCAAUAGUCCCUCAGCAUUCAUGAGAUAUAUUGAAACAGUAUUUAGGGAAUUAAUAAGGUCUGGAAAGUUAUUAGUUUAUUUAGAUGAUUUGUUGAUAGCCACAGAGACUAUAGCAGAAAAUUUGGAAAUAAUAGAAUCGGUAUUAAUAGCAUGUAAUAAUAACUUACUUGAAUUGAGGGAAGAUAAAUGUUUUUUUCUACAGUCGAGGAUAACAUAUUUGGGUUAUGUGGUGGAUAAGGAUGGGGUGAGACCUGAUCCGUCUAAUGUAGCAGCAGUGACACAAUUCCCAAUACCUAAAUCAAUAGCCAAUGUACACAGCUUUGUAGGACUAGUCAGUUAUUUUAGGAGAUUUAUUGAAAACUUUUCCAUUUUGGCAGCACCACUGUAUGCGCUGUUAAGGAAGGGGGCUCAAUUUAAGUUUGGGGAGAAGGAGUCACAGGCCUUUGAGUUGUUAAAGAAUAAGUUGGUGCAAAUGCCGAUUUUGGCAUUAUAUUCUCCGUCAGCUGAAACCGAGGUGCAUUGUGAUGCUAGUGCAUUGGGUUAUGGAGUGAUCCUAUUACAGAGACAGAAAGACGGUUUAAUGCAUCCUGUGUUUUACUAUAGUAAGAGAACCACUGAGGUAGAAACUAAAUAUCAUAGUUAUGAAUUGGAGUGUUUGGCAUUAGUGUAUGCAGUGAAGCGUUUUCAUGUUUAUCUCAAUGGUAUUAAGUUCAAAGUGUUCACUGAUUGUGAAAGCUUCAAGUUGACUAUGAACAAGAAAGAUAUGAACCCUCGGAUUGCAAGAUGGGCGUUAUUAUUUCAGAAUUAUGAUUUCAGUAUUGAACAUCGUGCAGGAAGUAAAAUGAAACACGUUGACGCAUUAAGUCGGAAUACCAAUAUAUUAAUGUUGUAUGAAAAUACUUUUGAGCAAACGUUGUCGAUUAAGCAGAUUGAAGAUAAAGAUAUUAACAAGUUAAAAGAGCGGUUGAAGAAAUGUGAGGAUAAGUACUUCGAAAUGAGAAAUGGUUUAGUAUAUAGGAAGUAUAAAAGUGAGUUGUUGUUUUACGUCCCUAGUAGCAUGGAGGAUAAUGUGAUAAGGUCGGUGCAUGAGGAAUAUGGGCAUUUGGGUGUAGAAAAAACCAGUGAAGUAGUGUUGAGAACAUUUUGGUUUCCCAAUUUGAGAGAAAAAGUCAAAAGUUUUAUUUCAAAUUGCUUAAAAUGUAUCUCAUAUUCGCCAGUAUAUGGUAAAAAGGAAGGUGAGUUGCACCCUAUACCUAAGGCUCCAAUACCGUUCGAUACAAUCCAUAUCGACCACUACGGUCCACUGGAGAAGACUGGUAAAAAAAAUAAAUAUUUGUUUGUAAUCAUUGAUGCAUUUACCAAAUUUGUUAGGUUAUAUCCUUGUAAAACAACUAACACGGUAGAGGUAAUUAGGCAUAUGAAUGAUUACUUCAGGUGUUAUAGUAUACCUAGAAGGGUAAUAUCUGACAGAGGUUCAACGUUCACGUCUAAUGCAUUUGGAGAAUUCUUAGCCCAGAAAAAAGUAGAUUUGGUAUUAGUGGCAACGGCGACACCCCGGGCAAAUGGACAGGUUGAGAGAGUAAACCGUUGCAUAACAGCAAUGCUGGCAAAAAAGACAGUAGAUUUAAAUAGGUGGGACAGGGUAUUGCAUGAGGUCGAGUACGCCUUGAACAAUAUGUUAUGUGCUUCGACGGGUGAAGCCCCAUCUAAGUUAUUAUUUGGUGUAUAUCAACAUGGUACGGUGGAAGGUGAGUUUAGGAGGUUAUUGGUGGAAGUGGAGAAGGACAGGAACUUGGAGGAAAUAAGAAAAGAGGCUAAGGACAAGAUAGUAAAAAAUCAAUCAUAUAAUAAAAAGUAUUAUGAUGAGAAACAUAAGAAACCUACCUUAUAUAAAAAAGGAGAUUUUGUUGUAAUUAAAAAUACAGAUGUUAGUGUGGGGGUGAAUAAAAAAUUAAUACCUAAAUUUAAGGGCCCAUAUAUAAUAGACAAGGUGUUACUAAACGAUCGAUUUAUAGUCAAAGAUGUUGAAGGUUUUCAGCACACUCAGGUGCCUUAUGAAGGAGUCAUUAGCUCAGAUAACAUGAGACAUUGGGUUAGGAGCUUGGAAAAAUGA